UUUUUCAGCGUUACAAUGACCACCUGUUCGACUAUUGUGGCUUUGGGAAUGAUGCCAUUUAACAUGUGGCUUUACAGUAGCAGCUUGCAAACUAGCAAAAUGGUUAUUCCUUAUGACAAAAUGACUAUUUCUUUGGCCGCCGUUACUACCCCCGUAGCAGCAGGAAUGUUGUUUCGAUGGAAAUUACCAAAAAUGGCACCGUAUGUCACUAAGAUCGGCAGUUAUGCGGGAUUCGCCAUUAUUUUUAUCUGUCAAACUAUGGAACUAAUCGUAUUUCCUGAUAUAUUCGACGGAAUCGGAUGGCAAUUUUACGUUGCACUAUUUACUUUGCCCAGUUUGGGUUUGCUUCUUGGUUACGGUCUGGCUGCACUUUUCAGACAACCAAGUUGUGUAAGAAAAACGAUCGCCAUCGAAUGCAGCAUUCAGAAUAUUGGCACGGCCCUUACUGUUAUUUCUUUAUCAUUUCCUCUCAAGCUUCAAAAAGAUAUCCUUGCUUUCCCCUGGCUUUAUUCCAUACCGUUAUUGACAACUGUGACGGUAUGUUGCGCUUCGUAUCAAAUAUAUAAACGUAACUGCUUGAAGAAAACAGAUGACAACGAUGAUUUCGAGAAAAAGAAUGGUCAUCUUGCUUGCGAACAUGUCACUAGCAAUGAAGAAACUGUUGCUUUUAUGAUGGAUCACGUGAAACAAGAAAAAUUAUCAUCAGUCUAAUUGUUCACCUCAAUAUUCAAUAACAACUAUUCCAUAUAUAUAUUCUCUCAAAGCAUUUCGUGAAAAUUUGAGGGAAAUAUUAUCUAAAAUCGUCAGUUUAAUGACGGUUUAUUUUACAUAUUAUCAUUAAUCAUGAAUUUUAUUUCUGUGUCAUUCAGAUGAUGCGUGAUCAUUCUGAAACAUACAUAUCCUAUCACUUAAAAUGACGGAUUACUCUGUUAUUUUUUUUAAUGAAAUUUCAUUAUUUUUCAUUUCCUGAAGAAUCCCAAUCAUAUGAUAUUUCCUAUUCUAGAAGAUGCGGGUUUCUAUUUUUUUUAAUGCGAGAUUUACAUUUAGAAUAUUUUUAAAUAUUAAUAUGGGGGAAAAAAUUGAACUGACCCUGUUGUUCUCUUAUAAUAAGUUUUACGUGUAUGUGAAAUAAUCAAUCAAUGGGGAAAAAAUGUCUUUCGAUAAUUGAAUGUAAAUACUGGGGUCGGUUCAACUUACUUUUAUAUAUAUUUAUUAUAUAAUAAUUAUUGAAUGUACUUAUUUUAUUAUUUUUAUGUUUAAAAAAUCAUUAAAUGAAAUAUUAAAAAGUAUCAUGUUCCUUAUUAAGACAUUUUUAU